GACUCCCCUCUCGAUGUCAAGCUUGAGAUGGUUGGCAACACAGCCGUCAAGGCUAGCAUCACCAACACGUACGUAGGAGCUGAGUUCCUAGGAAUUUCACUCUUCCCCUCAGAAGUCUGAAGGUCUUCAAGACCGGUACUUUCCUGGAUGAGAAUGCUGCCACUGAGAAGGUUGCCAUUCGGCCUGCUAGGUAACAAGGUCCAGUUCGACGGCAUUCGUCUGCGAGUGCAAACCACCGGACUUGACGAGGAUGCCUUCAAGACCAUCGCUGCUGGCGAGACUGUCGAGGCCACCUUCGACGUAGCCCAGGCUUACGACCUCAGCGCCGGCGGUAAGUACGACGUUGUCUCCCUGGGAGCCAUGUCCUACGCCGAGCUCAACACCACCGACCUUGCCGGCAUCUACUCGGUUGCUGGAAGCACUACCACCGCCGAGAUCGAUGGCGCUGCCGCUAAGGAAGUUCGCCGCCGCUUCCACGCUAAGCGUCUCGCCGUCCAGUCUGAUUGCACCGGAAGCAAGCUUAGCGCUACCAACACGGCCAUCAGCAACUGCCGUUCUUUGGCCUUGGCCGCCCAGACUGCUGCGACCUCGGGCGACGCCGCUAAGGUGACCGAGUACUUCAAGUCGAGCACCAGCUCUACUCGCAGCACAGUCGCCAGCUUCUUCUCCAGGGUAGCCAGCCAGUGCGGCAGCACUACGUCGGGUGCGCGGCUCUACUGCUCUGACGUGUAUGGCGCGUGCACGAGCGGUGUCCUUGCGUACACCUUGCCUUCAGCCCAAUACGAAGUCAACUGCAACCUGUACUUCACCGCGCUGCCAGCCUUGACCAGGACUUGCCACGCCCAGGACCAGGCGACCACAACCCUCCACGAGUCGACCCAUCUCUACGGCACCGACGACUACGGCACCUACGGAUACUCGGGUGUCCGCGGCCUUACGGCGUCCCAGAACUUGAACCACGCCGACACCUAUGCGCUUUUCGCCAACGCCAUCUACGUUGGCUGUUAAACGUGUUGCUGCUCACUAGUUGUGCUGUCAGAUAGGGGGCUAUUAUUUCGGGGAUGGAACGCUAAUACUGCUCAGGGGAAGACAGAAAGAAAUAAAAGAAAGGAAAAAGAAAGACUGUCCAAAAGAGUUUAAUUUUUUUUCUGGCUUCCCCUAGAAGGAGCUUGUCUAAGGAAAUGCUGUUUCGUGCACUGUCUUCUUCUGACAGUGGGACAAAGCCCGCAAGAAGGCGGGGAGCGAUCGCAAACUUCUCUUGGAUACAAAAGCGGGAUUCACGUGUCAUCCCACGAUUGUAUUGUUUUUUAAUACGCAAAUACAUGUCUUUAUCUAGUAUCACAAGGCAAUUGUUCCGUCUUAUAGGCAUCCGCUUACAAGUGACGUGGUUUAAAUAUCAGAAAUCACACGUGUUCAGGUACCGGAGUAACCAUCA